AUGAGAGCCAGCAGGCAGGCAGGCAGUGUGCAGACCAGCAGGCAGGCAAGGAGUGUGCAGACCAGAAGGCAGGCAGGCAGUGUGGAGACCAGCAGGCAGGCAGGCAGUGUGGAGACCAGCAGACCAGAGAAGGGCUCCUCCAUCUCCUAUAGGCCAGAGAAGAGCUCCUCCAUCUCCUAUAGGCCAGAGAAGAGCUCCUCCAUCUCCUAUAGGCCAGAGAAGAGCUCCUCCAUCUCCUAUAGGCCAGAGAAGAGCUCCUCCAUCUCAUAUAGGACAGAGAAGAGCUCCUCCAUCUCCUAUAGGCCAGAGAAGAGCUCCUCCAUCUCCUAUAGGCCAGAGAAGAGCUCCUCUAUCUCCUAUAGGCCAGAGAAGAGCUCCUCCAUCUCCUAUAGGCCAGAGAAGAGCUCCUCCAUCUCCUACAGGCCAGAGAAGAGCUCCUCCAUCUCCUACAGGCCAGAGAACAGCUCCUCCAUCUCCAGACAGACAAGCAGGUUUUCUGCUGGCCUGCAGGUCUGGGUCUGGGGCUUGUGUGCACUGCAGCCCCAUUGA